CCCAGAGCGCGCGCGGGGGCAGAGACGAGAGAGAGAGCGCUUCACAUGCCGUUGCUGGUUGCGCGCAAUAGAAAACGCCUCCCCACCCGCCUGCACGGCGGGACGAGUUGGUAGCAGAGCUAGCGCAUAUAUCCCGAGACGACGAGCGACAGCGGCGGAUAGAGAGAGAUAGAGGAAGGUUUUCGUAGAAGCUUAGCUAUUCAUUCCAUCAGCUCGCUGUCUGGUUGACUUUGUUUGGUGAUUUGGGAGUUUCUUGUCUCGGGUUUGGUGCGUGAUUGCUCGAGCGCAACCGAUCGAUCCAAGAGGGCGGGUGAUCUAUAUGUAUUAGGCAGGCAGAACGGAGAGGUUGGCGUCCGGUUUUGUCGUGGAUGAGUGCGGCUGCGUUGCCGGUGAGUGACCGAGCGAGAGGAGGAGCAGGAGAAGGAAGAAGAUCAUGGAGGCGGUGAGGAGGGCGGGCGGGCGUUUCAUUCUUGCGGAGGUGAUCAAGGACGGCGGUGCCGAUGGGUUCUGGGGUGGGGGUCGGGGUGGUGCGCUGUCUCGCGCGUUGGCGGAGGGGCCCGCGGUGGACGCUCCGGCGACGGCGGGGAGGGAACCGGCCCCGGCGUCGAUGGCGGCGAGGGUCACGCCCGCGAUGCUGUUCGUCACGGUGGUGCUGGCCGUGGUGCUGCUCGUCGCCGGGCUUCUGCACGUCCUGCGCCGCCUCUUCCUCAAGAGCCACCACGCCGACGCCGGCGGCGCGGAGCGGCAGCUGCAGCACUUCUUCUUCCCACCGCACGAGGACGGCGCUGGUGGCGGGCUGGACCAGGCCGCCAUCGACGCGCUGCCGGAGUUCGCGUACGGCGAGCUGUCAGCCGCCGCCGCCUCGAGCAGGAAGGGAAAGGAGAAGGCGGCCGGGCCGUUCGACUGCGCCGUCUGCCUUUCCGAGUUCGCCGACGGCGACCGCCUCCGCCUGCUCCCGGUCUGCGGGCACGCUUUCCACGUCAAGUGCAUCGACGUCUGGCUCCGGUCCAGCGCCACGUGCCCGCUCUGCCGCGCAAAGCUCUCGGGGCGCCACCUCGCCGCCGCCGCCGCGGACACGUCGUCCGUCGAGCCGGACAUCGAGGAGCAGAAGCAGCUGCAGGAGGCGCCAAACGAGGCCGUGAGCAGCGUCGUGCUCCCCGUCAGGCUCGGCCGGUUCAAGAACCCCGACGACGGCGAGGAGAGCACCAGCGCCAGCAGCCGCCUCGACGCGCGGAGGUGCUACUCCAUGGGCUCCUUCCAGUACGUGCUCGCCGACGAGCACCUACUGGUCUCCGUGCACCUGAGGCAUGGCAAUGCCGGCAGCAUGGGCGACGGCGCCGGCGUACUCGCGGCGAGCAGCGACGCUGACCAGCUGGGCAAGAAGGUGCUCGCCCGCGGCGACAGCUUCUCCGUGUCCAAGAUCUGGCAGCGGCGCGGCAGCGACAAGCGGCUCCCGAGCCUCUGCGCCGGCGACGACGACGGCUUGCCGUGGGCGCUGCCGGCGAGGGAUCAGGCGAGCACUUGCACGAAGCAACAACCCGACACUCGAUCAUCAUAGACACCUACCGACACACACACAUACACACAUGUAUGUCUAGCUUCUCGUCGAUUAGCGGCCAGCAAUAAGCGUUUCUCGACAGAAUUUUGGUGGUAAAAUCAUUCGAGUAGCCAUGCAAAAAGAAGCAUCUUUUUGGGUGAUC